GGGAGGAGUCUCACAGUUGAGUCCAGAAGAGGCUGGAGGACAAACAAAUAUUAAGGUGCAGAAAGAGAAAGUUAGAGAGGCAAAGGACAGAACAACAAAAUUAAAGAAAUGGCGUCUCCUGCUUCGAUGGUGGCUCGCAGGGCAUUGGCUGCUGCAUCACAUGCAGGCCAUGAUGGAGGAUCCGUUAGGACCUGGAAGAUUCUAACAUUCGUGUUGGCUCUACCUGGUGUGGGUGUCUGCAUGGCCAACGCCUAUCUGAAGAUGCAACACCAUCCCCAUGAAAACCCUGAGUUUGUGCCCUACCCACACCUGCGUAUCCGCACCAAGAAAUGGCCUUGGGGCGAUGGAAACCACUCUCUCUUCCACAACCCUCACACCAAUCCUCUUCCUGAUGGUUAUGAGGGCCCCCACCACUAAGACCUCCUGAGUUUUUAUGAAGAUCUUCAACCUUUCCACUGACAGCUUCAUACUCUAAUUUGUAAUGAGCCUGGCAUAUCGCUACUGACCCAGGGGCCAAUUAGUAACACCACUGUGGUGCACCCUGUCAGGAAUAAAUGUACCACUUCUACUGUA